AUGAACGGAUCGUUGUCGUCAAAGCUCACCAAGAAAGCCUCUCCGGCACCGCCACUGGCGACGGCGAACAAGAAGAAGAAGAAACUAAACGAGCAGAGCCCUCGAAAUCCACUACGGGAUCUCAAUGCCAUCACCGUUCGCAGUAGCAACAAUGGCAGCGAUGCUUCGUCUUCCAUCUCCGUCGAAGCCCCGCGAGGUUGCCUCAGGUUCUUUCUCUCUCAUUCUUCUUCCUCUAAUUCCAAAACCCCUCUUUACACACCUAAAAAUCUGUCCAAAGCCCCUAAAUCAGCUCCUGCUGUGAGGCCUUCAAGACCAUCAAAAGCCAAGGACAACCGGUCCAAAUUCAAUGCUUUGAAAAACCCAGAGAAACCCACCUCACGAAAUGCAAGUAAAUCUAAGAAUAAUUCUUCUUGCUUGUACCAGUGGCAGUCUGGAAACAAACCCACUUCUAGAAACGGACCAAAGCUGAAAACUUGUUCACUUGUAAAAUCAAAUGUAAGUUCCCUGAGUAAGUUAGAGUCUGGGUCUGAGGUAGAAAGUAGUAUUGUCAGGGUGGUGGGCAAUGCAGGUCAGCCCACUGAGCUCAAAUCACGUGGUAUUGAUGGAGAUUUUACACCUUUGAGUAAGAUACCGACUGGGUUGGGUUUGGACUCCAAGGCUGAUAACUCUGAGGAUGUGCUGGAGAAUUCUGACAAAUCUAAUAGUAAAACUCCACCUGUUCAGGCCUCCGUGUCUCCAGAGAUACAAUGUGGAUCAUCUGCGGUGUCAAGGAGCAUACUUGCUCUUUAUGCUGCUGGCCAUGUUCUUUCAGGGAUCACUGACAAGAGGAAGUGCAGAGCUAGAGGAAUUCUCAGUGUAGGAGAAAAUGAUUCAGGCUUCAGUAAAGGGAUGGCUUUAGGUAGCUUUGAGGAUGACGAUGAUGACGAAAGUGGUCAAUGUGAAGGCCAUGUUGGCAAUCUCGAUGCUUCUGCGGUUCCUUUACCUACUGAAGCUUCAAUGCAUUGGCUUUUAUCGCCGUGUGAUGAAGGGGAUGAGGAUCACAAGGAGCAUUCCGAUAGUAGCUUACAUAAUUCUGCAGGGUCCGUUAAUCUUUGUUCUCCAUUUUCAACCUUAGGUCGUCAUGGAUUUUCUCCAAGUUUUCAACAAGUGUUGGAGCCCUUAAAUGAGCAUGUUGGUGUUAUGUCUUCUCUGCAUCGCAUGCCUGGUUGUGAGGCUGUAAACUUCUUGGAAGAGGAAAGAAAACACCAUUAUGGUUAUGACGAUGAUAAUUCUCCGUUCUCUAUGGUUUUACUGGACAGUGGCAAUGUUAUCUGUACUCCUCAAUCAGACUCGAGUGUAGAAAAUCAUAGGAAACACUGCUUUGAUCCUGAACUGAGUUCAGUGGCUGAAGCUAUUCAGAUGGUAAACUUGUCCCCAAACACGAACAGUCAUGUAUUAAUUGAGGAUCAGAUUGAUUCGAGUUUCCAGUUUGACUGUCUAACCACAGCCUGUGAUUCAAUCAGCCGAUUCCAUAAAGUUUUGGAUGAUCGCGCUUCCUGGCUCUCCAACUCUACACUAGAGAAUUAUCACAAUCGGAGAUGA